GUUGAAGAAAUGAGUGAUGACACUCCACUGGUUCGACCGACUGGCGUCAGUUUUGAAACCGACGAUGUUGGACAAACUGGGCAGAUGCUUCUUCUGUCGUUGGCUUACUGGAAACCUUCUGAGAAACUGACAGUUGUCGUCAUGAAAGGACGAAACUUCAAGGCCAUCGAGAAAAGUAGAAAACCCGAUCCGUUUGUCAARGUUUAUAUAAUGAUGGGGGCAAAGAGGUUAAAAAAGAAACGAACUGUGGUCAAGAAGCGUGAGUUAAACCCAGUUUGGAACGAGGCGUUCAGUUUCAAUAUACCACAUCGAAUUCUUCAUCGCGUUAGUGUCAUGGUCCUUGUCAAGCAUCACUCGGAGAGAGGAAGRGAGAAGUUACUUGGUAAGCUUAUGAUCGGAGCUAGCUCAACUGAUGAGGCAGUCGACCACUGGAACGCAAUGGCGUCGUCUGGGAAAUCAGUAGCUCGRUGGCAUCAUUUGAUCGAAGAAAAAUAACUUUAYCAUUAAUUACCGUAACGUCGAUUGAACAAGGAAAUAGCAGGCAACCCUCGGCAGACUAUGCAUUCCAUYGAGGAAUAAAAWGAUAUGCAUGACUUGAMAAAUGGCCAGGCAUAAAUGCACACAAACUGAAAAACAGUAAUUUUAGUACAAGUAAAAGUAAUUAAAGACAAUAUAGAAAGUCAACGGAAUGUAUCCAUUUUUGUUUCUAUGGUGGAUGUUUUUCUAAUAGUGCUUAUAGUAUUCAUAUCAUAAACAACKUUUUGGUCUUUCUAUAGAAGUUUUUUGUGUUAGCAGCUGAGGACUAUUUUUAAUGUUUUAAAUUUAAAGGUAAUAGUUAUUCUUGUUCAAUAUAAACAAAAGUAUAUAAUAAGGUUUCUUGUAUAUUCUAUAAGGGCUAGUGUUCAUAUAAUCAUGCUAAUCGCCCCAAUCGUUUUUAAUUUUGAAUUGUAUAAGUUUCCUCAAAGGUAUUUACAACGUAAAACACAGURAAGACGAAUGRRACAGUCACAUGGAUACAAGGCAUAACCUCUACCGUCGCUCGUUUGUUAUGAAUGAUCGAGUCAAAAAUUAGUGGUUCCAGCGUUAUUGCCGGAGAUUUGAUCAAUAAAAUCCAUUUAUCAUGUUGACAA